GACGUGCUAGUGAGAUAAGACGUGCUAGUGAGAUAAGACAUGCUAGUGAGAUAAGACGUGCUAGUGAGAUAAGUGACUGCUAGUAAGAUAAGAUGUGCUAGUGAGAUAAGACAUGCUAGUAAGAUAAGAUAUGCUAGUGCUAGUGAGAUAAGACAUGCUAGUGAGAUAAGACGUGCUAGUGAGAUAAGACGUGCUAGUAAGAUAAGACGUGCUAGUGAGAUAAGACGUGCUAUUAAGAUAAGACAGUGCUAGUGAGAUAAGUCAGUGCUAUUAAGAUAAGACAUGCUAAUGAGAUAAGUCAGUGCUAGUAAGCAGGGUAGCCUAGGGGGCGGCAGGGUAGCCUAGUGGUUCAAACCCCCGAGCUGACAAGGUACAAAUCUGUCGUUCUACCCCUGAACAGGCAGUUAACCUACUGUUCCUAGACCGUCAUUGAAAAUAAGAAUUUGUUCUUAACUGACUUGCCUGGUUAAAUAAAGGUAAAAUAAAAAAUAAAAUAAAAAUAAGACGUGCUAGUGAGAUAAGACAUGCUAGUGAGAUAAGACAUGCUAGUGAGACAAGACGUGCUAGUGAGAUAAGACGUGCUAGUGAGAUAAGACGUGCUAGUGAGAUAAGACGUGCUAGUGAGAUAAGACGUGCUAGUGAGAUAAGUCAGUGCUAGUGAGAUAAGACAUGCUAGUGAGAUAAGACGUGCUAGUGAGAUAAGCCGUGCUAGUGAGAUAAGACAUGCUAGUGAGAUAAGACGUGCUAGUGAGAUAAGACAGUGCUAGUGAGAUAAGACGUGCUAGUGAGAUAAGUCAGUGCUAGUGAGAUAAGACGUGCUAGUGAGAUAAGAUGUGCUAGUAACAUAAGGACAAGGGUGUUGCUGUUUGUUUCUGAAGAUAGAGCCAGUUCCUAAUCUUACCCCUAACCUUAGCCUAAGUAACUUUGACCUUUUAUCCCUUAUCCUUAUCCCACAUUAAGGACAAGUAGCUCAAGUAGCUCGGACUUACCCCUAACCUUGCACAUAAAUUCUGAUGAUACAGUCCUCUACUGCUGCUGCAGUGUCAUGAGUAGCAUUAUAUAAGGGCUGUACUGAGGUCAGUGUUGACAGACAGAGCAAGCCUUGAGUAGACAAGACAGCACCAUGAAGCUGACCCUGGACCAGUUAUCAGCCCAGCUCAGCUUCACUCCUCUGCUGCAUGCAGAGAACGCCACACAGGCCAGACUCAACAACAGUUACAGCUUCUACGACUCCCUCCUCCUCCCCUCAUCCUCCUCCUCAUCCCUCCUUCCCCCUGACUCUCUCCUCCCGUCUUCCUCCCUCUACCCUCCUGAUCCUCCCCUCUUCUCCUCCUCCUCGUCCCUCUUCCCCUCUUCCCUCCUCCCUCCUGAUGAUUCAGAGCUGACCAGUUUGUUAUGGACGGUCCAUGAGCCGACCACGGUGGCCCUGACACUCAUGUACUGCCUGUCCUUCCUGGUGGGGUUCGUAGGGAACAUCAUGUCAAUGAAGGUGCUGACCAACCGACGUAGCGAGAGGCUAGCCGCGGUCAGCGCCACACGGUACCUCCUGGUUAACCUGGCGGUGUGCGACCUGGCCGUGGUGUGUGUCUGCAUGCCCAUAACGCUGGGUCACCAGAUCUACUCGGCCUGGGUCUACGGGGACUUCCUGUGCCGAGCGGUCCCCUUCACCCAGGCCGUCUCCGUGUCGGCUAGCGUGCUAACGCUAACUGUCAUCAGCGUCAAUCGUUACUUCAGUGUACGCUGCCCGCUCCGCGCCCGCUCCCUCUUCACCCGCCGCCGGAUCCUCGGGACGGUCGCCGUGGUGUGGGUGGUGUCAUCGGCGAUCUGCGCCCCAUUGGUGUUCAUGAACCGGCGAGAUGAGAUCAGCCUGGGGGCGUCGUUUGUGAUCCCUGUGUGCCAGGAGGUGUGGCCGGGGCCGCGUCUGAAACAGGGCUACACCGUCCUGCUCUUCGUGGCGCUCUACUGCAUCCCCGUGACCUUUAACCUCACCAUCGGCUUCCUGACUGGCCGCCGGCUCUGGGGGGACGGGAAGCGGACGUUUACGGAACUCGACUCCCGAAGCCGAGCGCUGCACACUGAGCGCCUCAAGACGAGGAAGAAGAUCGCCAAAAUGGUGGUGUCCCUGGUGCUGCUGUUUGCAGUUUCCUGGCUGCCCCUGUAUCUGGCUGAGUUCUGGAUCGACCGAGUGCAGCAUCCGCCAUCUUGGCUCAUGCAGAGCCAACCCUUUGCCCAGUGGCUGGGCCUCACCAACUCCAGCCUCAAUCCUAUCUGCUACUGUUUCAUAGGUGAUCUCCACCGUGGGGCCAAGGUGUUCCGUACCCACUACCACCGCCGGAUCGCUGCUCUCUUUGGUUCCUCUUUCGCCAACUCCGCCACGACCACUGCCGCCGAGGGAGGAGUAGCCGCGGCAACCGUGGCCGCGUCCACGGCAGCCAUUCCCAAGUUGUUUACCUUUUCCAGGGGGGCAGGGGGGCCAGGCAAGUUGGAGGACGGGUCUGAUUACAGUCUGUCUGACUGGUACAAGUCCAGCCCCAGUGUGUGUGAGAAAUCCCUACUACCCAGUCAUCCUGACAGGCCACAAACACUCUCUAUACGGACCGUCUGUCGGGACAUAAUGGACACCUCCCCUUUAAAUAGAGACUGUGGGGGUAGGAAGGACACACUCCCUUUAAGACGACACUCUGAGGACGAACGAGGGGACACCCUCCCUUUAUGGCCUUUAGCAUCUGAGGACAGAAGAGACACCUUGCAUUUAAGACCGGCCUUUGGGGACAGACUGGACACCCAGAUUGGACACCUCCCUUUAAGGCAAAUCUUCCCUUUAAGCACUGUCUCUGUGGACAGCAGAGUGGACCCCUCUCCUUUAAGACCAGGUGGUGGGGGUGAGAAAACAGACAGCCUCCCUUUAAGAGGAGACACUUCUCCUUUAAGUCGAGACUCUGCGGACAUUAUAUCAGACCAUAUAACAAGCCUGUGAACUCUGUGGAUCGUCAGAUGAAGUCAGAGAGAGAGAGAGAGGCCUUGGAGGUAAUCACUAAUCUAUAGGGGAGAUGUUCACAGGGAGGGAUAAACACACACACACACACACACACAUCCUGGAUCGAUAGACUGUCUGUUGUAUCAUCAACACAGUGGGACCUGUUUAUCUCCCUGCAGCCAGUUGGGAAACUACGCCCAUUGGCUCACUGCCUGUGAUUGACAGCCCACGGUGAUCCUGCCCACUGGUGUUUACAAAGCAGUUUAUCCUCCGUUAGUAGGGAUAAUGUGCAUCCCAAAUGGCACCCUAUUCCCUAUAUAGUGCACUACUGUUGACCAGAUUGGCACCCUAUUCCCUACACAAUACACUACUGUUGACCAGAGCCCGUAGUAAAUAGUGUGUCAUUUGAGAUGCAUGGAUUGUCAUUGUUGCUCCGUGUUUAGACCAGAGCCCUAUUCCCUAUAUAGACCAGGGCCCUAUUCCCUAUAUAGACCAGAGCCCUAUUCCCUAUAUAGACCAGGGCCCUAUUCCCUAUAUAGACCAGGGCCCUAUUCCCUAUAUAGACCAGGGCCCUAUUCCCUAUAUAGACCAGAGCCCUAUUCCCUAUAUAGACCAGAGCCCUAUUCCCUAUAUAGACCAGGGCCCUAUUCCCUAUAUAGACCAGGGCCCUAUUCCCUAUAUAGACCAGGGCCCUAUUCCCUAUAUAGACCAGGGCCCUAUUCCCUAUAUAGACCAGGCCCUAUUCCCUAUAUAGACCAGAGCCCUAUUCCCUAUAUAGACCAGGGCCCUAUUCCCUAUAUAGACCAGGGCCCUAUUCCCUAUAUAGACCAGGGCCCUAUUCCCUAUAUAGACCAGGGCCCUAUUCCCUAUAUAGACCAGGGCCCUAUUCCCUAUAUAGACCAGGGCCCUAUUCCCUAUAUAGACCAGGGCCCUAUUCCCUAUAUAGACCAGGGCCCUAUUCCCUAUAUAGACCAGGGCCCUAUUCCCUACCGUGUUGUCGCGUUAUCCAGGCAGGGAUAUUUCUGCAUGUCUGGUAGGCUUACCGCAGCACAGGGUCACGUUAUCCAGGCAGGGAUCUUUCUGUCUGUCUGGUAGGCUUACCACAGCACUGGGUCACGUUCUAUCACAAAGGAAAUACAUAAUUCAUAACACUGUGUGAUUAUUGACUGGGGACGCGUUUGAUUGUAACACUGUGGGAUUAAUGAUUGGGAACAUGUUUGAUUGUAAACACUGUGUUACCAAUGAUUGGGGACGUGUUUGAUCGUAACACUGUGACUGACUGGGGACGUGUUUGAUCAUAACACUGUGUGACUGACUGGGGACGUGUUUGAUCGUAACACUGUGUGACUGACUGGGGACGUGUUUGAUCGUAACACUGUGUGACUGACUGGGGACGUGUUUGAUCGUAACACUGUGACUGACUGGGGACGUGUUUGAUCGUAACACUGUGUGACUGACUGGGGACGUGUUUGAUCGUAACACUGUGUGACUGACUGGGGACGUGUUUGAUCGUAACACUGUGACUGACUGGGGACGUGUUUGAUCGUAACACUGUGACUGACUGGGGACGUGUUUGAUCGUAACAC